AAAAAGUUUAGUUUCAUUUCGGCCCUUGAAUAGAAAACGUAGGCGUUGCAGGGAAAAAUGAUUCCAGAAUUUUUCAAGGAUCGUGAAAUUUUUUUAACCGGCGGAUCGGGGGUCGUGGGAAAGGCUGUGAUUGAAAAAUUGCUACGUUCCUGCAAUGUACAUAAAAUAUAUAUCCUAUUAAGAUCAAAACCUAAGGUGUCCAUUGAAAAGCGUUUGGAAGAUAUAAAAAAGGAAAAGAUUUUCCGACGCCUACAUGCUGAAAAGCCUCAAGAGUUCGAUGACAAAGUGGUUGCCAUUCCCGGAGAUGUAGAACUGCCCAUGUUGGGCAUAACCGAUGAAUAUCUCAAACUUAUGGAAAAUGUUUCCAUUGUAUAUCAUAGUGCGGCCACAAUACGUUUCAAUGAGCCCAUCAAAAAGGCCAUUCGUAUUAAUGUGGGUGGCACUUUAGAGGCUUUGAAAUUCGCCGAGAAACUGGAGCAUCUUGUCACAUUUAUUUACAUCUCAACAUUCUUCAGUAAUCCAUAUUUGGAAUUUGUUGACACCAAAAUUUAUGAAUCACCGCUGAAUUGGAAAUUAUGCCUAGACCUUUCUAGACGCGAAGAUAUAGAUGAGGAGACCAUAAAUAUCAUAACAAGCAAAUUAAUUGUUGGUUUUCCCAAUACCUAUUGUUUUACUAAAAAUCUUACAGAAUCAAUGGUCAACGAUCAUAGGCAUAAAUUGCCUAUUGCUGUAUAUCGACCCUCAAUUGUUAUUCAAUCCAUGGAGGAUCCUGAAUAUGGCUUCCCCACCACUUUAGUUGGUGCCAUGGCCUUGUUUGCUUUGCCGGGAGCUGGAAUUUUCAAAGUAAUCCAUUGUUCUAAAGACAUUUGCUUGGACAUGGCACCUUUGGAUUUUACUACGAAAUCAUUGUUGUACUACACAAUGAAGACAUUUGCGUUCUACUCAAAUCCAGCUGAGGAACGACCCAAAGAGAUGCCAGUUUUCAUUGUGUCUUCAUAUAAACACUUCAAUGUAACGUUAAGGCAAUAUUGUGAUAUGAUUGAAAUAUUCAAUAUCUGGCAUCAGAAACCUUUGGAAAAGAGUCUGUUGUUGCCUGGCGUUAACUAUACCGACAAUGUUGUUUGGUAUCAUAUUUUGUUCUACAUACAGCAUCUUAUUCCAUCGCUUCUUGUGGAUUUCUUACUAAAAGUCAGUGGCAAUCAACCUGUUUUCAUGAAAAUACAGAGAAAACUUUAUCUUACAAUGGAGGUGGUGAAACCGUUUAUGUUCAAUAACUAUCGAAGUAAUGGCAUUACAUAUGCGAAAGAGAUGUUGGAACAACUUCAUGGCACCGAUUUUAAUAUGGAUGCAUUGAAAUGGACCCCCAAAUAUACUAGAAAUGUGGCCGUGGUAUUAGAAUUAGCUGCCAAUUGCCGAGAUGUUCUAUUUAACGAAGACCCUUCAACUAUUCCACGCGCUAAAAUUGUUCUUAAAAUGUAA